AUGGCCAAAGGUUCCCUCGUGGGGAACCUCGCCCAGGAUCUGGGGCUGGAGCUGAGGGAGCUGCCGCUGCGGAGGCUCCGUGUCAGUUCGGAAAAGCAGCACUUCAGUGUGAAUGGGGAAAAUGGCGACUUAUAUGUGAAUGGCCGUAUAGACCGGGAGGAGAUCUGCGGGGAGACUUCGCUUUGUGUGCUGAAGCUGGAAACGGUGGUGGAAAACCCUCUGAACGUUUACAUCGUUAAUGUAGCGAUCCAGGACAUUAAUGAUAACGCCCCGCGGUUCGUGAAGAGUGAAAUUGAUCUAGAAAUCAGUGAAUCAGCAGUUGCGGGUGCGCGAUUUAGACUGGAAUCUGCCCAAGAUCCGGAUUUGGGGAGCAAUUCACUGCAGAAUUAUCAACUCAGUAAAAACCCGUCUUUUACUCUGUCAGUGAAGGAGAGCCCGGAUGGAAAAAAACAAGCAGAAUUAGUCUUGGAAAAGUCUUUGGAUCGAGAGGAGGAAAGUUCAUACGAGUUGAUCCUGACAGCGCUGGAUGGGGGAGAUCCAGUCAGAUCUGGGACAGCGCAGAUUAGAAUUAAAAUUUCUGACGCCAAUGACAAUCCCCCAGUAUUCACUGAACAGAUCUACAAAGUCAGCCUGAGGGAAAAUCUGCCAAAGGGUUCUCUAGUGCUUCAGGUGAAAGCCAGUGACAAAGACGAAGGUGUAAACGGUCUUAUAACGUACUCUUUCAACAGCGUUCUGGAAAACAACCUCAAAUUAUUCCAUUUGGACACUGAAAACGGAAAAAUAAUAAAUACAGCAAUUCCGGAUUUUGAAGAGAAAAGCAAAUACACAUUGGAAUUGGAAGCUAAGGAUGGGGGCGGGCUAACGGGUCACUGCAAAGUCCUUAUAGAAAUUUUAGAUGAGAACGACAAUCCUCCGGAAGUGACAAUUUUAUCACUAUCCAGUCUUAUUCCGGAAGACUCACCGCCAGGAACAGUGAUAGCUCUGAUCAAAGCACAAGACCGAGAUGCCGGACAAAAUGGAGACGUCACAUGUCACCUUCAACAAAAUUCCCCUUUAAAAAUAAUAUCGUCUUCCAGUAGCUACUACAAGCUGGUGACUGACAGCCCCCUGGACAGGGAGCGGGCCCCGGAGUACAACAUCACAAUCACGGCCACAGACAAGGGCUCCCCCCCGCUCUCCACCCAGAAAACCAUCCUCUUGCAGAUCUCGGAUGUCAAUGACAACGCCCCUGUCUUCGAGAAACCUUCCUACAGCGCCUACGUGCCCGAGAACAACCCCUCGGGGGCCUCCAUUUUGAGCGUCAAAGCCUCAGACCGGGAUCUGGACGGCAACGCCCGGGUCACUUACUCCAUCCUGCGCAGCAGCAUCCAGGAGCUGCCUGUCUCCUCCUACGUGUCCAUCAACUCCCAGACCGGAGCGCUGUACGCGCAGCGCUCCUUCGACUACGAGCAGUUCCGGGCGUUCGAGCUGCAAGUGAAGGCCCAAGACGGCGGGUCGCCGCCUCUCAGCAGCAACGUCACCGUCAGCGUGUUUAUCCUGGAUCGGAACGACAACGCCCCUCGCAUCCUGUAUCCCUCGCUCGGGCCCGAGGGCUCGGCCGUGUUCGAGAUGGUCCCUCGCUCUGCCGAGGCGGGUUAUCUGGUGACGAAGGUGGUGGCGGUGGAUGCGGACUCGGGACACAACGCCUGGCUCUCCUACCAUGUGCUGCAGGCCACGCAGCCGGCGCUCUUCCAGCUGGGGCUGCACAGCGGGGAGAUCCGGACCGCGCGCGCCUUUGCGGACAGAGAUGCGGUGAAGCACCGGCUGGUCGCCCUGGUGAAGGACAACGGGCAGCCGCCUCUCUCCGCCACCGUGACUCUGAGCCUGGUAUUCGCCGAGAACUUCCAAGAGGCUCUACCGGAAAUGAGCGACCGGUCGGCUGAGUCGGCGCCGCAGUCUGAUUUGCAGUUCUACUUGGUGUUGGCCUUGGCCUUGGUCUCGUUUCUGUUUCUGCUUUCAGUGAUAGCGGUGAUAGCCAUGAGAGUUCGAAGUUCAAACAGCUCCCCUUUUCUGCAGUAUGCCAGGCCAGCUCUGUAUUCCAAUGAUGAUCCGAGAUUCCCGCCAGACUUCAAAGAAGGGACCUUGCCCUAUUCCUAUAACUUGUGCUUGGCUACAGACUGCGGGGGAAAUGGAUUUAAUUUGCUUAAAGGUAGCGAGCAGAACUUUACUGCUGAGAACAUUCUGGGCAAUGACACCUCUGCGAUUUUACUUAUGGGUAAUUCUGGUUCUGAAGCACCAAAAUGUGGAUCGGAAACUCUUCUCAAGGUGAGAUUUUUACCUGAAUACUUACAUUAA